AUGCGCAGCCGUGUCAUGAGAAUCAAGGAUCGAUUUAAUACCAAUGAGCAGUUGGACGUAGUGUAUCGCAUACCAUGUCUAAAUUGUCCCAUAAAUUACACGGGACAGACUGGACGCAAGCUAGGUUCGCGCAUACACGAAGAUACUCUGACCGUUUGGGGGGGUGACACAUUAUUGCAAGUAGCGAGCCACAUAUAUGAGACGGGUCACGAGUUCAACUUCGGAGCCGCGAGGAUAAUUGCCCAUGCUGGCAGAAAGACGGGCCGAGAAGUGAUUGAAGCCUGGGCGUCGGAUGACAACUCAGUUAACCGAUGUAUCGAGCUGGCGCCCGCAUAUGUUGCCCUGCGCAGCUAUCUCCAGACUCACGGCACUGGUGGUUAA